UGCGCACUGCGGCCAGUGAUGGAGCACUGACGGGGGGCGCGGCUGCGGCGGCGGCGGCGGCGGGGAGGGCUCGGCGGGCCAUUGGCUCGUGGUCGCGGCAAAGGCAGCUUGAGGACUAGAAGAGCAAGCGGGGCCCGCGGGCCGGGCCGGGGACGACCUGGGCUGAAGCCAUGGAGGACCAGAGGGAGGCUCUGCGGAAAAUCAUUACCACCCUGGCUGUGAAGAAUGAAGAGAUUCAAAGCUUCAUCUACUCCCUCAAGCAGAUGCUGCUGAACGUGGAGGCAAACUCCACCAAGGUGCAGGAGGACCUGGAGGCCGAGUUCCAGUCCCUCUUUUCCCUCCUGGAGGAGCUGAAGGAGGGCAUGCUCAUGAAGAUAAAGCAGGACCGGGCCAGCCGCACCUAUGAGCUGCAGAACCAGCUGGCCGCCUGCACUCGGGCCCUGGAGAGCUCCGAGGAGCUUCUGGAGACAGCCAACCAGACCCUGCAGGCCACAGACAGCAACGACUUCCCUCAGGCUGCCAAGCAAAUCAAAGAUGGCGUGACAAUGGCCCCUGCCUUCCGGCUGUCACUGAAGGCCAAGGUGAGCGACAACAUGAGUCACCUCAUGGUGGACUUCGCACAAGAGCGGAGGAUGCUACAGGCACUCAAGUUCCUACCUGUGCCCAGCGCCCCUGUGAUAGACCUGGCCGAGUCCCUGGUAGCAGACAACUGUGUGACCUUGGUGUGGCGCAUGCCAGACGAGGACAGCAAGAUUGACCACUACGUGCUGGAGUACCGUCGGACCAACUUCGAGGGCCCGCCCCGUCUCAAGGAGGAUCAGCCCUGGAUGGUCAUCGAGGGCAUCCGGCAGACAGAGUACACCCUGACUGGUCUCAAGUUUGACAUGAAAUACAUGAAUUUUCGUGUGAAGGCCUGUAAUAAGGCGGUCGCAGGCGAGUUCUCCGAGUCAGUGACCCUGGAGACACCAGCGUUCAUGUUCCGCCUGGAUGCGUCCACAUCUCACCAGAACCUGCGGGUGGAUGACCUGUCCGUGGAGUGGGACGCCAUGGGCGGGAAAGUGCAGGACAUCAAGGCUCGAGAGAAAGAUGGCAAGGGGCGGACCGCGUCUCCCGUCAACUCCCCAGCGAGAGGUGUGCCGUCCCCCAAGAGGAUGCCCUCGGGUCGUGGGGGUCGGGACCGCUUCACGGCUGAGUCCUACACGGUGCUGGGGGACACACUGAUCGACGGUGGGGAACAUUACUGGGAGGUGCGCUACGAGCCGGACAGCAAGGCGUUCGGCGUGGGGGUGGCGUACCGCAGCCUGGGCCGCUUCGAGCAGCUGGGCAAGACGGCCGCGUCCUGGUGCCUGCACGUCAACAACUGGCUGCAGGUCAGCUUCACCGCCAAGCACGCCAACAAGGCCAAGGUGCUGGAACCCCCCGUGCCCGACUGCCUGGGUGUGCACUGCGACUUCCACCAAGGCCUCCUGUCCUUCUACAACGCCCGUACCAAACAGCUGCUGCACACCUUCAAGGCCAAGUUCACACAGCCCGUGCUGCCUGCUUUCACAGUGUGGUGCGGCAGCUUCCAGGUGACGACAGGCCUGCAGGUCCCCAGCUCUGUGCGCUGCCUGCAGAAGCGGGGCAGUGCCACCAGCAGCUCCAACACCAGCCUCACCUAGGCCACUGGACCGCCCGCCCAGCCCGGCUGAGUUUGGGGACCCCCCCGCAGGCCUUGGUUGUUUCAGCCGACACCUUCUUCUCACUUUGCUGCUUGGAGCCUUAACUCCUGAUUGGGGGGGUCACCAACGGGGAGCGGGCACCAGGGCGGGCCCUCGUCCCCACCUCACCUCCUAAUAAAAGUCAAUCACUGGCCAGGCCAUGC